GUGGACUGUCUGCCUGAGGUAUCCGCCAAGAACAUUCUCUCCCAAAGCGGCAGAACAGGGCUUAGGGCAUUCCCGCACACGACGACGGCCGGGCAGACACUAACGCACUAAGCGAAAAAUUCCACCAGGCGAUCUCGAAAAGAACUUCGAUCCGCAACCUCGAAGGACGACAACCCGACCAACCUCACCGUCGACAACAAUGGCGUCUCGUCCUACCGUCUCUAUCGCCUCGGCCGAGGGCAAGCCCACCGGGGCUACCGCUCCCCUCCCGGCUGUUUUCACCGCGCCCAUCCGUCCUGACAUCGUCCAGCAGGUUCACACCGGUUUGGCCAAGAACAAGAGACAGCCCUACGCCGUGAGCGAGAAGGCUGGUGAACAGACUUCCGCUGAGUCCUGGGGUACCGGCCGUGCUGUCGCCCGUAUCCCCCGUGUCUCCGGUGGUGGUACUCACCGUGCUGGUCAGGCUGCCUUUGGUAACCAGUGCCGUUCCGGUCGCAUGUUCGCUCCCACCAAGGUCUGGCGCAAGUGGCACCAGAAGGUGAACCAGGGACAGAGACGUUUCGCUACCGCCUCUGCUCUGGCCGCCUCCUCCGUCCCCUCUCUCCUCUUCGCCCGCGGCCACCGCAUCGGCAACGUCGCCGAGGUCCCCCUUGUCAUCGACUCCAAGACCUUUGAGAACGCCGCCAUCACCAAGACCAAGGCCGCCGUCGCCCUCCUCCAGGCUGUUGGUGCCGGCCAGGAGCUCGUCAAGGUCUCCAAGUCCCGCAAGCUGCGCGCCGGUAAGGGUAAGCUCCGUAACCGCCGCUUCCGCCAGCGCCGUGGACCCCUCGUCGUCUACAACCCCGAGACCGACGGCAAGGAACUCGUCCGCGCCUUCCGCAACAUCCCCGGCGUCGAGACCUCGUCCGUCUUCGCCCUCAACCUCCUCCAGCUCGCCCCCGGUGGCCACCUCGGCCGCUUCAUCGUCUGGACCUCCUCCGCCUUCGAAGCCCUCGACACCGUCUACGGCACAACCACCACCCCCUCCGCCCUCAAGAAGGACUUCCUCCUCCCCUCCAACCUCGUCGCCAACGCCGAUCUCGCCCGCCUCAUCAACUCCUCUGAGAUCCAGUCCGUGCUCCGCGCCCCCAAGGGCGAGGCCCGCACCAAGCGCGCCAACGUCCAGAAGAAGAACCCGCUCCGCAACAAGCAGGUUAUGCUCCGUCUUAACCCCUACGCUGCUGCGUUCUCCAAGGAGAAGCUCGGCCAGAAGCCUCUUGACGGCGGUAAGCCCGAGGCUACUUCGGCUGCUUUCAUCAACACUCUCCACGAGGAGUAGAUUAUGUUGUUAAGAUAGAAAGUAUCCGUCGCGGCCUUCUUCUUCGUUUUUAGGUGACAAAUGGUUAUGGUUGGUUUUUUCUCUUAAAAAUGGUAGCACCGU